GGACGUCAGCAUUAAUUUGGGUGUAUAUUUACCUGUAUAGAAAUUGUACAAAGUUAUCGUUGCUCGUGAACUACUUGGAUUCGGGACAUUCUACGAUCUGCCACUAUACAAUAAUCGGAUGGUGAUGUACUCUUGAUCGAUGUGCCGAUGAACGCCGAAUCGAAGGACCGGGGUUGAACGGAUUUCGAAGAGUGCCGCAAGUGCAAACGGUGCAACCAACUCACGCAUUAGCAUCCCGUGAGCAUAUUUAAAUAAGGUAUACAUAGACAAUUCGGGAUAAAGAUAUAACGGAAGAGCGAUGAGGACGGAUCGGUCAGCGGAACCCGCAACCUCCAGGCCAUCGGCAUUGUCGAUCGAACAUCGUCUGCGAAGCCCGAAGUGCGCACGUUGCAGAAACCACGGUGUGAUAUCAGGACUGAAGGGUCAUAAGAGAUCGUGUGCUUGGAAGGAGUGUCGCUGCCCAUGCUGCCUCUUGGUCGUCGAAAGGCAACGGGUGAUGGCUGCACAGGUUGCUCUUCGACGACAGCAACAGGCGAACGGGGGUGGCUACGUGGCAGAGAUCAAUGAUACGCGGCUGCUCACCCCGGACGGUCAGUCCCAAAAUACCAUCAACGAUCAUCGACGAGCCGCUAUCGCUUAUCAGCGAAGAUUGCGGAACCUUCAGCAUCAUCUGCAUUUCACGCAAACACAGAUCAGCGUCACGCAAAAUCUGAGCUUGAAUGCGAUGCCGGCUGAACUAACUACAGUAAUGCCGUCCUCUCAACUCCUUGGUACGAUUUCGCCGAUGGAUCGGCAGCGAAAACGACGAACUUUGGCUGACGAGAGCCUUAUAGACUCUCCUCAUUCCUUAUAUCAGGCUUACCAGGCAGCUGGCCCAUGGUACACGACUUCGCCCGAGCCUCCAAUGGCAAAAACGAGGCUAAAUAGUUUCAUAUUUGCAUCAUCCAAUUCGCGGGAUAGCCACCCCUCUGGGAGACACGCGACUUCCUAUGUCGUUGCACCCGCGCCAAUAUUCGAAAAGAAACCGGUCCUAUCUUUCAGUGUUGAAUCCAUAAUCGGUACUAAAUAACCCCAAUAGUCUUAUGCCUAUUUCUGUAAAUAAGUUACAAUCAAUUAACAUAUGAAUAAUAAUUAUAACAGCAAUUGUAUCUAUCAUACCUGUAUUAAUAAAAAUUCACCCAGCUAUAUUAUCAAUAUCUAAA